CAUUCAGUCUCCUUGCCAGCGCUUCUCUGUUCAUUGCCUAAUCGGUUUCGCAUAUCUGGUUAAAGUAUUUCCAGAGUGGGCCUCCUUUCUCUCGCGGCAUCUGUCUUCCGCAGUCAACUACACUUCGCUUUGCGACAGAUCUGCUCAGCUCUGCCCUGGCUGCCACCACAGUAUUCGCAUCGGCUAUUCUGUGCAACUGUCUCAUCGCAAUACGAACGAAGACGCAUACACCUUCGGAGCUUUCUGUACUUAGACAAGAUGCCUGAAAUAUACAAAGCGACAUAUUCGGGUGUGCCGGUGUUCGAGUAUUUAGCGAAAGGAAUCGCAUGUAUGCGUCGCCGUUCGGACGGAUGGUUGAAUGCGACGCAAAUAUUGAAGGUUGCCGGUUUUGACAAACCCCAGCGUACUCGUAUCCUCGAGCGCGAUGUGCAGAAGGGUACGCAUGAGAAGGUACAGGGAGGUUACGGUAAAUACCAAGGAACCUGGGUACCUCUCGAGCGAGGUCGGCAAAUAGCAAGCCAGUAUGGGAUUGAAGGAGUCCUGCAACCUAUUAUUGACUUUCGGGAAACCUCCGAGAGUCCGCCGUUGGCUCCGAAGCACAUCACCGCUGCUUCCACGAGGACCAAAGCUGCGCCGAAGGCGAAGGCUGCGGUAGCAAAGCGUGCAGCUGCAGCACCUGUUCCUCGGGUGAUGGCUCCACCACCACGGCCUGUGUUGCCCGAUUCCGAAAGUGACCUCGAGGAUGGUGAUGUCAGUGAGGAGUCUUUGGGUAGCGGGUCUGGGAGCGCCUCUCAUAGCCGGGCAUCCUCUCCAGGUGUAUACUCGCAAGUAUCUCAAAGCACGAAUGGAGUGUUGGGAAAGCGGAAGAGACAAACAGCUGGCCAUGAAGCUGCGAACGAGUCGUACACGGAGCAGCUUCUGCAGUAUUUCAUACAGCCAAUUGAGGAGCAUUUUCCUCAGUUCUUAUAUCGGCCUCUGCCCGACUUCGAUGCCAACUCCAUCAUUGAUGAGGAGGGCCACACCGCGUUCCACUGGGCAUGCGCCAUGGCGACUGUGGAAGUUGCACAACUGCUAAAAGAAGCUGGAGCUGAUAUAUCUUUGGCAAAUGCUCAAGGCCAGACGCCCCUGAUGCGAGCUAUCAUGUUUACGAACAACUAUGAGCAGCGAACGUUCUCACGGUUGGUUGAUAUGUUGCAAAGUACAGUGUAUUGUAUGGAUAGAUAUGGGCAAACCGUCUUCCAUCACAUCGCAUUGACCACGACCACCAGGUCCAAGCUGGCUGCGGCAAGGAACUACAUCGAGCUGCUAUUGGCGAAGUUGGCAGAAACUCAGUCCAAAGAACAAAUCGGCCGCAUCUUGGAUAUGCGGAACUUGGAAGGAGAUACUGCACUACUGAUAUGCGCCCGUAACGGUGCACGCAAGUGCGCUCGCGUGAUGAUGGACUUCCUCGCAAAUCCAGGGAUUCCGAAUAAUCAAGGUCAUACUGCGACCGAGUAUAUCAACCAGCACGAUCAGAUGAGAACGGCGGCUGCAAUCCCUACUUUCAGUAACAUGAGCACAUCGCCUCCGCCAGGAAAUCAAUCCAUACAACAGCUCCUUCACGGCGCGCAACAUGUGGAAGCGCAAGAGCCCACGUUUGUUUCUGCGCCUGCCAAAUCUAUCAUGCAGGAUGUGCUGCCCGAUAUCGGCAAGCGGCUGAGGUCUUUGGCCGACGCCUACGAGAAGGAGCUGAAAGAGAAAGAUUCCGACCUGCGGCAAUCGCAGGAUUUGCUUCAGACAACAGAGGCUGAGACAGAGGCGACGACGCAGCAGCUCGAUUCCCUGAACCCGGCGAUGCAAGAAGCUGAAGCUCAGCAAAGCUUCCAGCAAGUGAAUGUACUUACUCAACGGCUUCGUGCAGUAAUGGAGCGGAACCAGGCUAAGGAUCUUGCAAAGCUUGUGCAAGAGGAAGAGCAUCGUGCAAAGGCGUUAUAUAGCCCCGCUGGAAACGAGGAUGAUGCCGAAAAGUAUCAACUUAUGGAGGAGCUUGCUAGCUUGCAACGUGAGCGGAGAGCACUUGUCAACGAACAGGUUGAGCUUAGUGCUGCGGCUGGUGUCGGUGAGCGAAUGAGCGAUUACAGACGACUGAUUGCUAUUUGUUGUAACAUUCGUGUCGAGGAGGUUGAUGGCUUGCUUGAUGAUCUUCUUGACUCGCUACAAAGUUUGACUCCCACAGGUAGGGAAGACUCGGUUUUUUAGAAAUGGGGACUAGGUUUGGUCUAGUUGGCGUUAGUUUUAGCAAUACCACUGUACUCUGUGUAUUAG